AUGCUGCCAAUCAAAGCAUUUGGAAACAAUCGAGUGAAAAAUGUAACUGGCAGAUUAUUGGUUGGAUUAAGAUGGUGGAAUGAUAUCCAAGAGGAUGGAACAAACGUUUGGAAAUUUGAAAGUCACGAUCCAACAAAACCGACUAAUCCAACAGACUCACGCGUAUUUUGGUUUUCACUUUAUUUAACAUUGGUAUUAUGGUUGAUAUUUGCAUUUUUGUCCUUAUUUCAGCCUAGUUGGUGGUUAAUAGUGGCGGUUGCAUUGGUGUUGAAUACAGCUAAUGUAAUUGGGUAUACUCAAUGUGACAAAGAUGCAAAGCGUAGAUGGGCAAGUAAUUUGGCUGCUAGAGCUGCCUCUGAAAAUCCAAGCCUUGUAGGAAGAUUGUUUUCUGCUGGAGUUGGAAAAUUUUUUAGUUAA